UGCUCGGCUGCCUCCGCCGAAGCGAAGCACGCCGCCUCGAAGGAAUCCUACUCCGUUGCCCAUCCUCGUCCUCCUCCCCUCUCAUAGGCCGGCCGGCCGGCGCGGAGUGGAGAUCGAUCCGGACUUUGAAUUGGCUGCUUUGUUGGUAAGGGAAACCUAGGCCUGGCUUGCUUGGACACUCCAUCCCUUCCGGUUCGCCGCGGAUUUAAUUGUUCUGUGGAGAAGGGGGUACCAAUUACGUUUAUUUUUCCCAAAAAUUUGGGGGUUCAACUGAACACCCGUGCCCCACGCGGAGCUCGUCGCCGGUCCUGCGCUAGCCAUUUCGUUCGUGCUAUCGUGUAGCACGAGUUCGUUGUUGUUGGGAUGGGAUUUGGCUGUCGAUUUCUGCGGCUCGUUUGGUACAUCCCUUGCUUAUAAUCGCUAUGUUUGUUGUUGAAUCCGAGAUUGCAGGGCACCAUGAAGAGGUUGGUGUCGACCGCGCUCGUGAGGAGUCUAGUCAGAUCGUGUCGCGCGCCGAGCACAGCUCUUUCCAGCAGUUCAUGAACUACUCGUCAGGACAUGGUGGUGAUCCUAAUGCAAAUGGGGACUCAACUGCAACACGAAUACCUGCUGAUCCUGAUACUCAUCAAGAUUUCGAGACAAAGAGCAAAAGUUUGGACAUGUCUUUGCAUGACAUCGUUGCUCAGGAUAUCAAGGAGAAACCAGUCUUGAUCUACAUGAAGGGUUUUCGUGAGUCUCCAAUGUGUGGCUUCAGUGCACUGGCAGUUAAGGUCCUCGAGCAAUAUGAUGUCCCUAUCAGUUCUAGAGAUAUUCUGGGAGAUCUCAAGCUUAAAGAGUGUGUUAAAGCCCACACUAACUGGCCUACAUUUCCACAAAUAUUUAUCAAAGGAGAGUUCAUUGGUGGAUCUGAUAUCAUAUUAAACAUGCACCAGAAGGGUGUACUUAAGGAUCUGCUUGCCGAUAUGUACAAAAAGGUGGACAAAGCGGAGACUCAUGAGUCAUGAAGCAAUCCACAGGAUAUUCUUUUCUUAGACAAUUUUCAGAUGACUUGCAUAUUGUUUUAUGCACCGUUGAAUACUUCAAUAUGGACGUGUUCCCAGGUUGUUUGAUCUGGCAUUCUGGCCAAGACAAUCAUGAUGGGAGAUCCUCUUUCGGAGUAUUCCGAGUUUUCUGUCAUAAUGAAUAAGCUCCACUCCACAAUGAUGUUUCCUUGAUGCAUUGUAUAGGGAGUUUGAGUUCCAGGAUGCAUAGGAUGCCUUACAUUUCCUUAUCAUUUGGCUCAACUGAACCUGUAAUAACAAAUGAUGAAGGCUGCAAAAUAUGCAAAAACAUGUUGUCAAUUGA